CGGUCUUCCUUUCUGCCUGAACCGACAUGCCUAAGGGAAAGAAGGCUAAGGGGAAGAAGGUGGCUCCUGCCCCUUCCGUGGCCAAGAAACAUGAGGCCAAAAAAGUCGUCAACCCCCUGUUCGAGAAGAGGCCAAAGAACUUUGGCAUCGGCCAGGAUAUUCAGCCCAAGCGUGAUCUGACACGCUUUGUGAAAUGGCCUCGCUACGUCCGCCUGCAGAGGCAGCGCUCCAUCCUCUACAAGCGUCUGAAGGUUCCCCCUGCAAUCAACCAGUUCACCCAGGCUCUGGACCGCCAGACCGCCACACAACUGUUCAAGCUGGCCCACAAGUACAGGCCAGAGACCAAGCAGGAGAAGAAGCAGAGGCUGCUGGCUCGUGCUGAGCAGAAGGCUGCUGGAAAGGGAGAUACCCCGACCAAGAGGCCCCCUGUCCUGCGUGCAGGUGUGAACACUGUCACCUCUCUGGUGGAGAGCAAGAAGGCCCAGCUCGUUAUCAUUGCCCACGAUGUGGAUCCAAUUGAGCUCGUCGUCUUCCUGCCAGCUUUGUGCCGCAAGAUGGGAGUCCCAUACUGCAUCAUCAAGGGCAAGGCUAGACUGGGCAGACUGGUGCACAGAAAGACGUGCACUUCAGUUGCCUUCACACAGACUAACCCUGAGGAUAAAGGUGCACUUGCCAAGCUUGUUGAAGCCAUCAAGACCAACUACAAUGACAGAUACGAGGAGAUCCGUCGUCACUGGGGAGGUGGUAUCAUGGGCCCCAAAUCCACGGCCCGCAUCACAAAGCUGGAGAAGGCAAAGGCCAAGGAACUGGCAACCAAGCUUGGUUAAAUUGUUUGGAAUAAAAAAAUGUUAUGUCCUAAAAA